CGGGUGGUGGCGGUGACUCCUUGCUGUGGCCGAUGACUAGCUCAACUCGCUCACCACUCUGUCAAGGUGCAGAUCAGACCGAGUCUUCACCAAUCUGAAAUGAUACGCGACGACAGCAAGAAUCAUCGGUUUCCUGAAGAAAUGGCAAGGCCGGUGAAGGGAGGCUAUCUACUCAGGCAUAAAAAGCGUUUGUUUGGCCGAGCGUGGCGGGAGGAGUGGGUGGUGCUGUACGACGACUCUACGCUGGCGUGGUUCAAGGAGAAGGGUCGCGGGGAACCUGAAGGUAGUGUCGUGGUCAAGGAAGCCCCUGAGAUGCUGGCAGUAUCCCAAUGGACAUUGAGGAUCCCUGGUCGUCCCGUACUGCCCUCGGGCUGUCAUGUCGUCCAGCUCAUGGCGUUCGGCACCCGUGGAGGUGACAAAGUCCAUUGGCUACUGGCUCAGUCCGAGGAGGAAGUCAACCAUUGGAUGACAGCCAUCAGCAAUACGCUGCCACCACCCCCGCAGACGCAGACAGACAACAAGUCUAACCACGACUGUUUAGAUUCUCAGCCACAGCGUCUGUCCCCCACUACCGUCCAGAUCACAAACGGUGACAGUCCUGCCAUCACCAAGAAGGACGUUGUAGACUGUGGGUGCAGCGAUGGAGGAGUUGGUGGAGGUGGCGUGGGGACGACACUACUACUGUGGGGACAAGGUCUGGGCUGGAGCUGGACCUAUCCUUCGCCUAACCGCUGCACCGCCAACCAUCACUGCUGCUGCUGCGACGCUGCUCCACAACCACAUGACGUAAGCCACAACCAGUGCUGCGGUUGUGACGCCACCAGCAACCAUCAGGCACCACCUCCACCACCACCCUCCACCACCUGCGUUGACCAUCACCACCUCCACCACCACGACGUCAACCUCCACCACCUCUACGACACCUGCAACUACGCCAUGGACGACGUCGACUACUCCAUGGACUGUAGUGGUGACUUUGGCUUUUAAUUAGCGCUUCGACUAGGAAACAAUGCCCCUUCUACUCCUCUGUGUUCACCGAGCUGGGAGCUGGUCUCUCGGCUCUCGAUCGAUGUUGCGUGUUAUUUAUCUAGUGAGUAAGAAUUUCGUACGCGUCUAAGGUUCAAACCGUUACCGUCUCGUAAACAAAUCGGCUUUACAACGAUUGUAGACUACGAGGCUAUUCGUCGUAAAACUGUCCACAAAUUAUUCGUAAUCGACGGAAGACAAUCUUUUCGACUAAUCGACUGAUGUACAAUGUACAUUACUGGUGAUCGAAUAAUCUACUCAGUAGACUUAGUUGUGAUAAGUAAUUGGAAACCUCUUGCGGUAACCUAUUCUCAAUACGAAAAACUGACCAGUGCGUCAUCACCUCAACGGUCAGCGUAGACUAGUGCAUCCCUUGUCAACGUCAACAGAAUGUCAAGUACCAGCCGAUAGAUUGGCGACCCCAAUAACUAAGUGUUCACAGCAAAUUGUCUGACUUAAAUGUUUGUAGUUGUUGUCUAUUUAUACCUUUUUAUACCUGAAAAUACGAUUUUUUAAAUUUUUACAGACAGAAAUUCUGCAAUUUUCCAACUCCCGAGUGUGAAUAUAUGUACAUAAUAGCAUUGACCAAGCCGUUGAUCCAACGGCAUUUCGAUCGAAACCGAUGUUAUUCGAUAAUCGUUUUCGAUUCGCAGCUUGAAAUAUUUGUUGUAAAUCCAUUUUAUCGAACAUAGUUGUCUACCGAUAUAGUUUAAAUCGUUGUAAUUUAUUCGUUUAACACAUUACGUUUAAGGUUAAAACGCGUUUGCGAACAGGCGAAUAAGGAGUCUAACAUCAAAACUUGUACAAAGAUACAAUCGAUGUUUUUCACUCAGUUGGUGUUAAUAGUCAACUAAUGUGAGAUAAAUGUCCGUUAGUUUGCUUUAAAUACCCACAGACUUGUUCGUAUAUAGUAAUAAACAAUACGUUAGGCCCUCUUAGGAACUGUCAACUACCACUAAGUAUCGCCUUUCCGCAUCAUGUAAUCGGUUAUAUUGUUAUUCUACUCACGGCAUUCCUACCAUUGUUUUUUUUUUACCAUAAUUCUUAUGCCAAAGGAAGUUUUAAGAUAUGAUGUUAUUGUCUCAAAAAUUGAGGUUUGGAAUCAUAGAUCAUUAAUUGGCCUACUUAUUAGCCGAGGUAUGUGAAGUUUAAAACUUAUCUCUUCCUUGCUAUCUGCCGCAAUAGACAAAUCACGAUGUUGCUGUAUUUCGUACAUGUUUAGAUCUUAAUAAUAAUAAUUUAAUACCCCCGCCUCAGCAUACCUGCAGACUAAGCGAAUUCCCAUUUACCUGGGUGAAAUUCCCCUAAAUUAUACCCUAAAAAAUUGUCAGAUUUAGUUCAUAUUUAAAUAUCAUGAAUUUUAAUAAUUGAAAAAUAAUGUUAAACCUGUGAGUUGGUAUUAAUGUUCCUUAAAACAUGUGUUGUUUAUUAUUGAAUGAUAAUACAAAUUAUCCCCUUUGACUCAUAACAUGGGCUUUGUUAGAGUAAUAAACUAAUUUAUUAAUCUAGAGGUUAAAUACCUAUUUUUCCAACGUAAUCCUUGGUAUACUUAAUGGCUACCGGUUUCGACACACUUAUGGUGUCAUUGUCAAGCCUACUAGACCUAGUAGACGUGGUUUUUCGCUCCUAUGAGGUCGUCAUAAAGUCUUCAAAAACACAUAACGAGACGAACAAAUAACAAAAACGAACACGAACACGAACACGAACACACAUUUUAACGAAUAAUACUGUAUGGCCAUACAACUCACGGCGCGGCUGCGGGCUCAGGUCUAGACGUUGGCAAAAAGGUAUUAAACCUCUAGAUUAGUAUUUGUUAAGUAAUCCGGGAUUCAACACCUCAGAAACAAACUAAUUUCUUUUAUCCAACUUUUAUUGUUUUUAUUUGGUUAUGGGCCCAGCAAGUGUUAAAAGAAUGUAUUUAAAAGUGAAUGUUGAAAAACUAAGCAAUUCUCAAUCAUGGAAAAGGUGGAAAUGCCAUAUGGAAUUAGUUUUGAUACAUCAUGGAACUAGUGAUCUGAUUACUGGUGAAAGGACAAAACCUGAAGAAACAGAGGAGUCGAAGCUUAAAGAAAUCAGAAAAAGAAGACGAGAACAAGACUGAGCCUAGAAAAUGUACCAGUGGUCUAUUCUUGUGUUUUGUAGCAAAGGAGCACAGGAAAGACAACUUUAUUGCAGAUUCUGGAGCAUCGCAGCAUAUAUGUUUACGGAGGGACUUCUUUCACACAUAUCAGUAAAGUUGUAGUAUUGAUGUCCUAGAAUAGUUUAAAAGUGAUUUUAGAACGUUUAAGCUGGGGUCUGGGUCCUAAAUAAGUACCAAGUAUUCGAGUAAGAGUGAAUAUUGGUAAGAAUCGAUACAUCACAACUUUUGUUAAGUAACUUUUCAGGAAAAUGUUUUUAUUUCUUGUACUAUAUAUAAUUUAUGCAUUUGAAUUUGCCGCCGAGAGAGAGUAGGGGUUUUCAAUUGAACCUAGUGGGGUCAGCACAAUGCCCAUUGGUUAACUUGGCGGAAGGAUAUUUUUGCGAAGUUUUAGCGUCGCAUCGGGACGCUUGGCCCAGUCUGUUGGUUGCCGGGUUUACCUAACACAUGUCACUCUGACAUAAUUAAUAUUCUUUGCCAUUGUGGCUUUCCCUCUUAUAGUUUUAAUUCUCUAUUAUUGCCACUCGGAAUAGUCCGUGGCCCCUUUGUAUAGUACUCAUAACAUUUUUGCCUCUUUAAAUUAAAUUAAUUGUAUUAACCAGUGUGUAAAGUCAGUUUAGCAGUGAAUCCUCCCAUUCCGGUCUACCGCGAUCGCGUAGGAACUUCUAGUGAGCGCUCAUUUUGGACUGUAUAGACCUUUAGACGUGCGUUAUUCCGAAAUCAAAAUCAAGACUUCAACAUAAGAAGAUAGUGUCAAGUGUUGUGCCUUCGUCUUGAGGACAUUCUACCAUCUACCAUCGCAACUCGACCCCGGCGGCGCUUCCUUGCCGCUCACUAUGUCCGACAUAAUUCCAAAGGUACAUUCAUCCAUAAAUCAUUUAUCAUUAUUAAUUAACCCCAUAUUAAACAACUUUAGAGAAUGUAUGGUUAAUGUAGUUAACCAUACAUGUAAUGUUAGAGAAUGUUCUUCCAAGCUAGGAAGAAACCUGAUGUCAGUCAGCACAACAGUGAAGAAAGGAUUUAGUUUCAAAGUAACCAAAGAAAAAUGUGUCUUCAUGAAGAAUAACGUUGCACAGCUGUAUGGACAUUGUGUAAAUGGACUCUAUGAAGUUGAAAUGUAUGUUCUGUUGCCGCAUUCAAAAGAUGAAACGGCGUGUAGUAUAAAGAGAAAACCGUCCAAGAGUGGCAUGAAUCUCUAGCUCAUAAAAAUCAGACACAUGUGUUAGAAACUCUUAAUACCCCCUCCGCAGUAAGCCUGCAGACUAAGCGAAUUUCCAUUUAACUGGCAGGAUUUCUACUUAAAUAUUCCCCAAAAAAAUUGUCUGAUUUAUUUCCUAUUUAAAUAACAUUAAUUUUAGUGCAUAAGUUACAUAGAAUUGCUGCUAUCGGGAAGAUAUUGAGGAGUGUUUGUUUAUUGAAAUGUUGAUAGCUUAGUAUGAAAUAAACAAAUUGCCAAAUUUGAUUACAAUAUAUCCAUGAACAAGCAAACUACAACAGUUUAUUUCUCCAUAAGAAUAACAUGGGAAUUUUAAAUUUACAAUUUGUUUAACCAUCUUCAACACCGUUGGGUAUACAAUAACGCUUCAAUGUAAAACAUUAUUUUUUUAAGCUAUACAAAAUGGUUUGGAGAGAAAUUAAGAAAUUUUGUGUUUUUAUGGUAAACAAAUGGGGAAAAUCAAUUUUUACCAUAAAACCUCCGUUCCCAUCGUCCGAUUGUGCUGGUUCGCGAAGGUUUAUAGGUAGGUUUACACGUUUAUACAAAAUUUCAUCAAAAUCGUAUCAUUUUUGCUCGAGUUGUCGUGCUAACGGACACACACACACACAAACACACACACACACGCACACGCGCGCGCACACAUAAAUAUGAAUUUGAACGGAUGGUGUUUUUGUUGGCCUCUGGGGACCUCAAAACGAAAAAGUAAAUCAGUCCCGGGUCUAGGUCUUACCAUGAGACCUAUGGUAAUACUGUAGCUUAUUCCCCAUAUAGGAAAUUUGCUAAAAUUAACUUUAACUUAGUUAUAUUGUCGUGAAAAUUUAGGCCUAACACUAUUAUUCAUUUGUGUUAUAAAUAAAAUGGUAUUACAGUAUUGGACACUUAUAACAAAAAUAUUUUGUAUAAAUCAAUCAAAUAAAUAAAUCAAACGGGUAACUAUACAGUUUAGUAUGUAGCCCAUUUUCAUUUUCGAGGCAUUUGACAGUUUCUAAACAGUUCAGUUACCCCUAAAUAUAUUUACGUACGACCGUUUUUUAAUGUAGCAGUUUCAGUUCA